AUGGACGAAACAAGCUCCACAUAUCCCGAACGGCCUUCCAAGCGGGUUCGACAGGCCUGUGAGCCUUGCAGAAGAAAGAAAGCAAAAUGCCCUGGGGAGCAGCCCGUCUGUUCCCUGUGUGCAAGACUACGUCAGCAAUGUGUUUAUGCAGAUGAGAGACGUCGUCUACCCCCAUCUGAAGAGCCGCCUAGGCUGAGUGCCUCAGGAGUCUCAGCAUCAAACACGCUGGAAGAUAGACUACAUAGCCUAGAGAACAAACUAGGAGCUGUACUUGAUCACCUAGGUGCCGGUUCAAGAGAAGAGCGCUUAGGCGAAAGCGAGUCCUCUGCAUAUCCUGGAUCCAGCUCAUCAAUCAUCCUUCCAUCAUGGGAUGACAUCACCCCUAUAGCGAAGCUUUAUCUGGUGUAUUGCGAGUCUCAGCCUCUUCCUCUCUUUCAUAGAAGCAGCUUUCUUGCCAGUCUCCAGACGCGUGAAGUGGAGAUUAUAUAUGCCAUGCUCGCUUUGAGUCUUCGGUUCUCAGAUGCAUACCCCAGGACUAGGGACCUGACUGAACUGGUCAACAGCUAUGCUGAAGUAGCGCGUGGCUUAGUGAUGAAACGGGUCUCAGAGGGUCCUGUGGAGUUGUCAACGCUACAGUGUCUUUGCCUUUUGAGUCUUGUUGAUUUUACAAGUAAGCUCCUGACAAAGCAUGGCAAUACACAUCGUUCCAGCAUUCACAGCAGCCUCGCAAUGAACCUUGCACAAUGCUCCAACCUUGCACUCGAGCCCCGUACCCCAACCAGCAACGUCCUUCGUGAAGAGCGCAGAAGAUGCUUUUGGAGCAUAUGUCUGCUCAAGCGGCUCCAUGGCGGCGAAUUCUCAACCCUCGACUUUCCAGACGUGGGAGGUCCACCUUUCCCCCAAAGUCCAACCCGACCAGCUCGCGUUAUGUCCCCAGGCCCAUCAUCAGUCGAAGUACGCAGAAGCAAUAUUCAAGACCAAGGCAUAAUGGCCUACGCAAUAAUUCUUAGCGAAGUAUUCGCCCGCGCCGCACGGUACGUGCGCCUACGCGGAAGACCAAGCAAUGUCCCACCGUGGUCCCCUCAUUCCGAGUACUCCAAGAUUAUCGCGCUUCAGAUGGAUCUCGAGACACGCAUGCCUCUCACUCAUCGAUUCAAACCAGCCAACCUCAGCGAUAGGUCGCUGGAUGAACUACAAGCCCAUCGAGACUACUGGGGCCCGUGGUUCUUGAACCAAUUCAUGUAUCACACUAUCUUGUGUCUUUUAAACCAUCCCCUGCUUCUGUCUUUGAGUCUGCGCACUUUUCGCAGCACUAUUCCUGAGAUCUUUCUCCAGCAUACAUCUGAUUUGAUCUCGUCGCACACGACAUGGAUCAUUCAUUUCAUUAACUUCUUCGAAGAGAAAUCGUUUCUGGUGUCUGAUCCACUGCUGGGAUAUAGCGCCGCCGUUGUGGCAACUAUCGAGCUACAGCUGAGUUUUACGGAUAAUUUGACUAUCCGGGAGCAGAAGCGUGAAAGGUUCACCAAAUGUGUCAAGUUUGUGCAGCAGAUAGGGGAGAGAUGGCCUCAUAUGGCUCGCUUGGCACAAAGGUUGCAACAUUUGGAAGACGCCGUUUCGGCAACCUACCAGUCUGAUCCGGAGGCACACAACCAAAGUCUCCUCAUUGACCUGUCUAAAUUCUGGGAAAUUCUGGAAUACUCCUCGAACAGUGACGCCGACUCCGCGAGGCGAUUGUUCGGAGACUCUCUCUAUUCCGGAUCUCAUCUUGCGGCUGCGGAGGUGUCGCAAACUUCGCCCUUGCCCGCCCCAACUCGCAUCGGAGAAGAACGGCCCUCUAACUACACAACUCCCAAUUUCGGCACCAACGCUGCAUUUACCGGUGCACACGACUACCAUGCUGGCUCUUUGGUUUCACCACAACAGUUGACCCUUACAAACGACGACUUUUCCAUCCUCGCCACCAACUUCUUUUCGCAGGGACAAGAGUUCCUUCGUAGUGGAGAUACGUGGGAUAAUAUUGGCAACUUUUGA